AUGGAGAGGCACAGUCACCUCUUUACACGCUCCUGGAUCCGCAUCUGGGCACUGAUCAUCGACCUUGCCCUAGACAACCUCCUCGGUAUCAUCGAGUGCGACAUCUUCUCCCUCAUCUUCAACACUGUCGUCCUCAGUGACACCGACAACAAGCCCGUCGACUUCCGCCUCGACAACGACAUCAGCGACGCAGCCAUUGGCGUUGAUGUCGGAGUCGGCGUCGUCGGCGUCGUUCUGCUCGGGGUCUUGCUGAUGUGGAUGUAUCGGCGUGGCAAAAAGGCGGCGACCGCCGGCCACGCAAACAAGGAUCUCAAGCAGGACGAGGGCUUCGUUGACCAAUGGGUUGGUAGCACGCACAUGGCGACCGCCCGAGCUCGCACCGAGCCACAGACUCGAGGCGGCGGGCGGUGGCAGUCGCGACGACUACUCUGA